AUGGAGCGCCCGAGACCCCCCGCGCAUCCCGGCGCCCGUUCGCACGAUCACGGUCUCCACGCGCGGACGACGACGACGACGACGACGACGACGACGUCGUCCGCGCUCGACGAGUGGCACACCCCCGCACCCGCGCAGAAGACCGUCGCGGAGACCACCCCGGGAUACGUCGUGUACCGCGCCAUCCCGCUCCACGACGGCAGGGCGCCCAAGCCCAAGCCGGCCGCGCGACGCCGGCAACAGCUCGACGAGAAGCGCGACGGCUCGGCGAUGGCGCGGGUGGCGAGCUUCACGUUCGACACCGCCGCCGCGGACGAACGCGCUUCGAUGAUACCGUCCACGUCGGACGGAGCAGGAGGAGGCGGCACCGAGGCGUCGCGCGCGUGUAGCUCCCUCGAGGCUUGCGCGCUGGGACGCGCGCGGAAGCAGCUCUUCGAGGAACACGUCCGCUUCCGCCGCUCCCACGAGCCAGACUCAGACGACGAAGACGAAGAUUACGGAGAAGACGGAGGAGGAAGGGGAGGCGUGGGGACGUUCAGGGGGUUCGCAUCGGCGGUUGCCGCGGUGCCCGGGGCGUCGCCCGCCAAACGGAAGGGAUCCGAUCGCGCGAUGCCGUCGACGGCGUGCCUCGAGCUCGACUCGUCCUUCGACACGGAUGACGACGACGACGUUAACAACCGGGUGUCGCCGGACUCUGUUCUGGAGCUCGUCGCGACGGAGGCUGCGAACGCGCGGACGAAAUCGCCGAUGAAAUCCCCGAAUAAGUUUGCCCGCGGCGCGUACGAUGGGCCGUUGAACUCCCCGGGGAAGGCGCGGCGGAUGCGGGAGCUGGCGAGGAUGCACCGCGCGCAGCAGCGGCGGUCGGCGAAGCUCGCGUCGUCGCCGCUCAAGAACGAAUCGUCGACGACUGCCACGUCGAAUUCCGGGAUCGAUUUCAGGCCCAUCCCGUCCCCGGGGACGGAGCAGAUCGAGACGGGGGGGCGCGGGGCGCUCGAGGCGCGGAUCGACGCGGCGCUCGUCGGCGACGCGUCGCCCCCGAGGCGACCCGGAGUAGGAGGAGGCGUCGGCGGCGGGCGGGGGGAGUCAGACGACGACGCUCGCCCUCCCGCGGCGCCGAGGCCCGGGCGUCUCGACGGCGCCGCGAACGACGCGUGCUUCGGGGACGUCGACGCCAAGCCGGUGCGAAGGACCGCGAGCAGGAUCGCGCAUCUCCUCGGUUCGGCGUCGAGCGGCGGGGGCGUGGACGACUUGCGUUUAGCGAUGCGGAGGCUCGAGAUUCCGUCGGCCAGGUUGGAGGAACGGUUCGAACGGUCGCUGGACGCGGAGUUUGGGUUGGGAAACUUUCCGGAGAGCUCGUUCGCGACGCCGGCGCCCGCGCGCAAGACCGCGGUCGCGCCCAUGAGCGUCGGCACCUGA